AAUAUGGCGGACAGCUCUCGAAGGAAGACGUAACUUUGUCGUCUCACUUACCUUUUCUUCAACGGGAUAAGGAGCCGAACACUCGUAGUUUACAUAUUAACAUGGCGUUAGUGAAAAGGGGGGAUCAGUUAAGUGUUAGUAUAGUGCAACAGUCUCCCACAGAAUCGAAAGGAAAACGUCAUGUCAAAGUACUCGACGAAGAAACUUACGUUCAGUCUUUGAACAAAAUCAUACAACGGGACUUCUUCCCUGAGCUUCCAAAACUCAGAGCACAGCAUGAGUACCUUGAUGCUGUUGAACAUAAUGAUGUGGAGAAGUUACGUGAAAUAUCAGCCAGAUAUCAAGUUACACAAACACCAGGUGGUACUCUGGCUACACCAGCUACAUUUGACACUCCCAGUACAAUUCAAGGAACACCAGCACCCUCUGGUACAAUGACGUCAGAUAACAGAGACGCCAGUGGUGCUCCAAUGGGAAAUCACUCGGAAGGUGACAAGUCAGAGAGUAAGAACCAGGAUUCUGACUUAUCACUAGACAAGUUUCUGGUAAAAAACACCAGCGAAGAUAAUGCUUCUUUUGAACAAAUCAUGGACAGUGCUGCCCAGAAACAUCAAGAAAAAUAUAAGUGGUUAUACGAGAAAGAACUAGAACAGAAAGAGAGGAGAGAGAAAACACUUGCUUUACCAGCUCCUGAGGAUGGUGAUCAAUUCAAAAAUGAGGACAGACCAUCGAUGGUUGAGACAUGGAAAUACACCAACAAAAAUGCUCUUAUGUACUAUCCUGAUGGGGUUGAGCUUUCUGCUACUGAGAAAAUAGAGGGAAAAUUUACUAAAAGACAGCAAAUACAACAUGAAAAUAGUAGAUUUAAAAGAGAUCCAUUUCCAGAUGAUUCUUGUGAUAACAAGUUGGCUGCCGCUGCUGAAGCAGCAAGUCGUUUGGCUGCAAAACAGGGGAAGGUUGGAGUGGAUGGGCAGAUCCAAGGUGCUGGUGAAACUCCACGGGUCAAUGGCUAUGGUUUUGUUGCUACACCCUCGCCUGCUCCAGGUGUAGAUGCAUCACCGCUUAUGACUUGGGGUAGCAUAGAAGGAACUCCUUUCCGUUUGGAUGGAGGUGAUACACCAAUGACUGCCACCCCUGGGCCAAUCUUUAAAAUGCCAGAACCCAAAAAAAGAGACCAAUUAGGACUGGUACUGGCUGACAAAGUCAACAGAAAACAUCGUCAGAAAAGAAGAGAUGCCUUAGCUAGGGCUACAGCAUUGAUUGGCAGGAGUCCAAAACACAUGAACACUGUGGAUCGCUUGGGGCAGUUGUCACCUGCUGCACAAAGGCUGGCCUCACAAAGACUUGGAAUCAGAACAGGAAGUGACAAAUCACUACGAGCAAGUUAUACACCAUCGCCAUCAUAUCCGCAAUCAGCCAGCUCUACCCCUGUUCAUGUACAGCAGUCCACCCCUGUGACACCAAAGGGUCACAGUGCAACACCAACACAGAGUGCAUCACUUACAGAUAAUCUCCUCAAGUUGCCAAAGCACUGACUUCCUGAAUGUCUUCUGCACCUUACUUUAACCCUCUAGACCCUAACAUCAGUAUGCAAAUUCUUCAUACUGUUCCCCUUAUAUUCCCUAUGGUACUUACAAGGAGAAUGUAACAGUCAAGAACUUCUUGAAUUCACAAUCAUUUUCUUUAUUCUCAUGACCUUAAUGUUUGAUUAAUUAAGGGGUGAUUCUGUUGGGAGAAUUUAGAUGCUAAUCACUGGUAGGGUAUAAAGGGUGAAUGACAGCCUCUUGUCAUCAAUACCUGGACAGAAAAUUUUUAACCAGAUUUACCAGACUCCAAGGAAUUUGUUAUAUCACCGCUUUUGUUUUGCCUCCCAAACCCUCCCCCCUCCCUAACCUGAAAAGCAAAUGAAGGAACCUUGCCCUCUUCAUGGGUGAAAUGUAGGAUUAAUGAAAAUUAAAGAAUUAUUGCAAACAACGACAAUUAAUUCAAACCACAUUAGCUUUGUUAUGAAAAAGAAGCACAAACUAUUUAUAAGGUGAAUAUUGGAGGAAUAAAAUUCAAAUCACUUUGACUGA